GAGACUGGAACAGCUCCGUCAGGUUUGGGACGUCCGGCUCCGUUUCCGGCGUUGCCCUGGUUUCCUCUUAAGAUGGCGGCGGUGUGCCUGCAACGGAGCGGUGCCCGACUGUGGUGGCGGACGGUCUGUCUGCGGUCAACCCGCAGCGCUCAGACUGCAGCAGCGGCUGCACCUGCCACACAGGCAACAUCUCGCAUAAAGAAAUUUGCAAUUUACAGAUGGAAUCCAGAUAAACCUGGAGACAAGCCUCGUAUGCAAACCUAUGAGGUUGAUCUAAAUGCAUGUGGUCCAAUGGUACUAGAUGCUCUUAUCAAGAUCAAGAAUGAGAUAGAUUCCACACUAACUUUCCGCAGAUCUUGCCGAGAGGGAAUUUGUGGCUCCUGUGCCAUGAACAUCAAUGGAGGGAACACUUUGGCAUGCAUCUGCAAAAUUGACACCAACCUUGACAAAGUGUUGAAGAUCUACCCUUUGCCUCACAUGUAUGUAGUAAAGGAUCUCGUUCCGGACCUCAGUAACUUCUAUGCUCAGUACAAGUCAAUAAAACCAUACCUGAAGAAGAAAGAUGAAUCUCAAGCAGGCAAGGAUCAGUAUCUGCAGUCAAUUGAGGAUAGACAGAAACUGGAUGGUCUAUAUGAGUGCAUCCUCUGUGCCUGUUGCAGUACCAGCUGCCCUAGUUAUUGGUGGAAUGGAGAUAAGUACUUGGGCCCUGCAGUGCUGAUGCAGGCAUAUCGCUGGAUGAUUGACUCCAGGGAUGAUUUCACAGAGGAGCGCCUAGCUCAGCUACAGGAUCCUUUCUCCCUGUAUCGUUGCCACACUAUAAUGAACUGCACAAGGACCUGUCCAAAGGGUCUGAAUCCAGGUCUAGCAAUUGCUGAGAUUAAGAAGAUGAUGGCAUCAUAUAAAGCCAAAGCUUCAGUGGCAUCGUAAAGUGUGUGGAUUUGUCUAUAUGAUGUAAUUAUUGUAAAUGUAAAAUGUCCAAUAAAUCACUAGAAUUAAA